CUUGUGUUGAUUUUGACCGAUCCCCAUAAAAAUAAAAUCAAAGAGAGUCAAAAAUUGAAUCUUUUCAAUUGGGAGUGGUAAACCGAUUGCAGACCUAUUUCGCUUGGGGAUGUCUGGGAACCCUGAAAUCAUAACUCCUUGAGAAGAAUAGCAUGUCUAGUCUUUUUGUAUCAGUAGUCACUGGUAAAACAUAUAAACAAUGAAGAAGAAUUUGACGAUGGACGCACGAAGACGAGACAGGGAACAAAUUGGGUUAUGCGGUGUUGAUAGAAUUUGGGGCAAAUCACCAACACGAAUCGAAGACUCUGACGAAGAUGAAGAAACUAACAAAUAUAAGGAUAGUAUCGUACCAAAAGAUCGAAAGAGGAAACACGAGAUGAAGAAGAAGAAAAGUAAAAAGUUAAAGAAAGAAAAAAAGGCUAAGAAAGAGAAAAAGAAAAAACGUAAAAAGAAGAAGAAGAAGUCUGACAGCAGUUCUGAUAGCGAGUCUGAAGAACUAGAAUGGGUAGAAAAGAAUGGAAUUAAUGACAAAGCUAAAGUUAAGAGAGGAUCAAGUUCAGAGGAGAGUGGUGAUGAAAGUGUAGUAGGACCAGUUCAGAAACCUCAUGUAACAUUGUCUGCUAAAGAUUUUGGUAAAGCUCUUUUACCAGGAGAAGGUGCUGCUAUGGCUGCAUAUGUUGCUGAAGGAAAACGUAUACCAAGAAGAGGUGAAAUUGGUCUUACAUCUGAGGAAAUUGCCUCUUAUGAGUCUGUUGGAUAUGUUAUGAGUGGCAGCAGGCAUCGCCGAAUGGAAGCUGUUCGUAUUCGUAAAGAAAACCAGAUUUAUUCCGCCGACGAGAAACGCGCAUUGGCUAUGUUUAGUAAAGAGGAACGACAGAAACGAGAGAAUCUUAUCUUAGGCCAGUUUCGGGAAAUGGUUAAUCAAAAGUUGGCUCAGGAACAAAAGAACAAAUGAUUUUGUACAGAUAAUUUUCAUCUAGUAUCAUGAUGUACAUAGACUGGAUGAAUGAUAAAACAUACAUAUAUGUAUGUAUACACAUAUUAAAGUAGAUGUAAAUAUGUUACAUUCAUUGAAAUUAACUAUAUACUUUACUACAUUUAAAUUACUUAUAACUAUUUCUGUUUUUAAUAACUAACUACUUUAGUACUAGGUACUAAAAUUGUCAUCAAGUCUAUACCUUCUGACUAUUUUCCCAAUCUAACCAUCCACCAACAUAAUUGUAGGCACUGAAACAUGGAUAAGUAUGUUAAAUUAGGUAACCUGUGAAAUACAUGUAAAUAAUUAAGGAUUAUACAUAUAUGAGUACUUUUCAUAUCCAA